UUGUUCCCGGUCUCCCUCUUUUUUUUUUUUUUUUUUUUUUUUUUUUUUUUUUUUUUUUCCCUUUUGUUAUUUGCACUCGCAUUGUGUUGUUUGUCUCUGAAGCCGCCUCAUGACCAGCCAAGGGAUUUCACCUCGUCCUUGAGAGACAGAGAGCGAGAAGGGGGAAGGGGUGGGAAGAAGGGGGGAGAGAAAGGAAGAGCUCACCAAACACCCAUCUCCCGGUCCCUCCCCGCACCUCUGGCUCUCCCCACCCCGCCAGUGUCUCACUUAGCACCCCGCGCCCGGAGGAGACAUGACAGACAGCGGAGCAGGUACCCCCAAUUCCUGCCUGGAGCCUCUUCCACCUGAUUUGGCUGAAAGCUCUUGGUGAGAGGUGCUGUGGCCUAUAAGGAAAAUCUCUUUCAUGAUCUAAAAAGUUUUCUUUAGAAACUGGGGUCACAGCUGUAUUUACCCUUCAAAAUCAGUAGCCUUCCUCUUGCUGAUGACCGGGCUCCUGUUUGAUCCUGUUUACAAAGCUUUCGAAGAUCGAGAAUAACCCCACUCCUUUGCAUUGGGUAGGAAAACAAAGCCAUUGGAAGACAGUGCAAUUAUUCUGGAGGGCUGGCAGUAAGGAAGAGUGUGGUACAAGGAAGAGCUUGUGGAGCAAAAGGAGAAGGUUACUAGGUUACCACAAAAGACAUUAGUGUACUCAGUUUUUCUCACCCACUCUUCGACUGGAGAGGAGGGGGAAGAGUGGGCAUGUGAGCCAGUAAAUAAGCAUCCUCCAGGGUGUGUAUUCCCAGUCAGUUGGAAGCAGAAGAAAAUAAAGAGUUGAGAACUGAAGGUGAGAGACUUGGCAGCUAAUUCAGAGGCAGUAAUUCUGUGAGCAACCCCUUGGCAAGAGGACCAAGUUUAGCUUGUGACAGAAUUGAAUGACGAUGAUCCCAAGCUGAAAGCCAUUACAGGAUCUUCUUUUGAGUUCACCGAGUGACCUGCAAUUUCAUUCCAGCACCUAGCACAGGAUGUCUUCCAAGCGACCAGCCUCUCCGUAUGGGGAAGCAGAUGGAGAGGUAGCCAUGGUGACAAGCAGACAGAAAGUGGGAGAAGAGGAGAGUGACGGGCUCCCAGCCUUUCACCUUCCCUUGCAUGUGAGUUUUCCCAACAAGCCUCACUCUGAGGAAUUUCAGCCAGUUUCUCUGCUGACGCAAGAGAACUGUGGCCAUAGGACUCCCACUUCUCAGCACAACACAAUGGAAGUUGAUGGCAAUAAAGUGAUGUCUUCAUUUGCCCCGCACAACUCAUCUACCUCACCCCUAAAGGCAGAAGAAGGUGGGCGCCAGAGUGGAGAGUCCUUGUCCAGCACAGCCCUAGGAACCCCGGAGCGGCGCAAGGGGAGCCUGGCAGAUGUCGUGGACACCCUGAAGCAAAGGAAAAUGGAAGAGCUCAUCAAAAAUGAGCCAGAAGAAACUCCCAGUAUUGAAAAGCUACUAUCAAAGGACUGGAAAGACAAGCUUCUUGCCAUGGGAUCAGGGAACUUUGGAGAAAUAAAAGGGACUCCAGAAAGCCUCGCUGAGAAGGAAAGACAGCUCAUGGGUAUGAUCAAUCAGCUGACCAGUUUGAGGGAACAGCUGCUAGCAGCUCAUGAUGAACAGAAGAAGCUGGCUGCAUCUCAGAUCGAGAAACAACGCCAGCAAAUGGAGCUGGCUAAGCAGCAGCAGGAACAGAUUGCAAGACAACAGCAGCAGCUUCUGCAGCAGCAACACAAAAUUAACCUUCUUCAGCAACAGAUCCAGCAGGUCCAGGGUCAGCUGCCUCCAUUAAUGAUUCCCGUAUUCCCUCCAGACCAGCGAACCCUAGCAGCAGCUGCACAGCAAGGAUUCCUCCUUCCUCCUGGCUUCAGCUACAAGGCGGGAUGCAGUGACCCCUACCCCGUUCAGCUGAUCCCAACUACCAUGGCAGCUGCUGCCGCAGCAACACCGGGCUUAGGCCCACUCCAACUGCAGCAGUUGUAUGCUGCCCAACUUGCUGCGAUGCAAGUGUCUCCGGGAGGCAAGAUUCCUGGCAUUCCCCAGGGGAACCUUGGUGCUGCUGUGUCCCCUACCAGCAUCCACACAGACAAGAGCACAAACAGCCCUCCUCCCAAGAGCAAGGAUGAAGUGGCCCAGCCUCUGAACCUUUCAGCCAAGCCCAAGACAUCUGAUGGCAAAUCUCCCACAUCACCCACCUCUCCUCACAUGCCAGCUCUGAGAAUAAACAGUGGGGCCAGUUCACUAAAGUCCUCCGUGCCAGCAACAUUAGCGAGUCCUUCGGCCAGAGCCAAUGCAAUAGGUUAUUUAAAUGACCACGAUGCUGUCACCAAGGCAAUCCAAGAGGCCCGGCAGAUGAAGGAGCAGCUACGGAGGGAGCAGCAGGUGCUGGAUGGGAAGGUGGCCGUGGUGAACAGCCUGGGUCUCAAUAACUGCAGGACAGAAAAAGACAAAACAACACUGGAGACCCUGACUCAGCAGCUGGCAGUAAAACAGAGUGAAGAUGGGAAGUUCAGCCACGCAAUAAUGGAUUUCAACAUGAGUGGAGAUUCUGACGGAAGUGCGGGAGUUUCGGAGUCUCGGAUUUACCGGGAGUCGCGAGGGCGUGGCAGCAAUGAGCCGCACAUCAAGCGCCCCAUGAACGCCUUCAUGGUGUGGGCUAAGGACGAGCGCAGGAAGAUCCUUCAGGCCUUCCCUGACAUGCACAACUCCAACAUCAGCAAGAUACUAGGAUCUCGCUGGAAAGCUAUGACAAACCUAGAGAAGCAGCCAUACUAUGAGGAGCAGGCCCGGCUCAGCAAGCAGCACCUGGAGAAAUACCCAGACUACAAGUACAAGCCCAGGCCAAAGCGUACCUGCCUCGUGGAUGGCAAGAAAUUACGCAUUGGCGAGUACAAGGCCAUCAUGCGCAACCGACGCCAGGAGAUGAGGCAGUACUUCAAUGUUGGGCAACAGGCCCAGUUGCCCAUGGCCACGGCGGGCGUCGUGUACCCGGGAGCCAUCGCCAUGGCGGGAAUGCCCUCCCCACACCUGCCCUCGGAGCACUCGAGCGUGUCCAGCAGCCCCGAGCCCAGCAUACCCGUCAUCCAGAGCACUUACGGGGUCAAGGGCGAGGAGCCGCACAUCAAGGAGGAGAUGCAGCCCGACGACGCCAACGGGGAGAUCUACGAUGAGUACGAUGAGGAGGAGGACGACCCCGAUGCAGACUAUGGCAGUGACAGUGAAAACCACAUUGCAGGGCAGGCCAACUGAUUGGGGUCCCCACAGCUCGCCACCUGCAGGACUCCAAGGAGGAAAGAAAAAAACAAAUAAAUAAAGCCCCAUCUGGUUUAUCCUUGCCAGUGGCCAAGCACAUUAACUUUCUCAUACACUGACUGUUACUUUAACUGUUAGUCUUAACUAGUUGGGACAUCAGCUGACUAAUAGACAUCAGCCUGCAUCAGAAGAAAAAAGGCUCAAAAGAAAGGAAACAAAGACAAUGACAACAACAACAGAAUGAUAUAAGCUAUGGGUAAAAUAAUGCCAGUAAUUCAGCUGCUAUACCCAAGCACUGAAGUCUUACUCGUUGACCUUUUUUUUUUUUUUUUUCAAAUAAACUUUAUGGCUGUUUGUUCUACAAUGUUCUAGAAAUUCUCACUCAGGUACACAGUGCCAACAAGUGGCUUGUGAAUGUGUUUUGUUGUUUUGUGCUACAGUUUAAAGAGAAAUAAUUUUUUUUUUUUGGUAAUGCACCUGACAGGAAAAAAAAAAGAUAAAAUUCCUUUUAACCCCCUCUGUCUCCUCCUCCUCCUCUUCCUCUUCCUCCUCCUUCUCCUCCUCCUCCCUGUCAAAUCUGGGUUAGAAGUGUGUGUGUGUGCGUGCCUGUGUGCGUGGCUGGCAAGGAAGGAAGUGGGGAGUCUUUCUGUUAACCCCAACAAGCAUUUCCUUUCAAGAGAGGACUUCUCUUUAUCAGUUGCACACCAUACUGAGUCUUUGAACAAGUGCCAAAUUUGUACUAAAGCGCUGAACUAGUCGAAUUUGCUUCUUUAGGUUGGUCCCUUCUUGUUUUGUUUUUCUUUGGCUUUUCAUUUUCUUCUUGCUCUGUCUUAAGUUAGGACAGUGUUAUAUUUUAGACAAUCCCUUGGAGAACCUGAUAUACCAGCAGCUGGUGAGAUUAGUCAUAUAUUUUUGCUUUUGCUUUUUAAAGGAAACUGUAGGUGCUGUUCUCAGGUGAAAAAAAAAAAAAAAAGAGAGAGAGAAAGACAUAAGAAAUUUAGAGAAAAAAUAUUUUAUGGUCUUGGAUUUUCAUGUGUGCGUGUUUAUGGUACUAAUAAGAAUAAUCCUGGAUUAUCAUGAGCAAAAACCAUGUUCCAGAAUUAAGUCCUGCACCCUCCAAGUGACUUGGUCUUUAAGAAACCUUUAUUUUUAGUUUGCACUUCAGGUGGCACCAUAAACAACAUAAAAGGCUUGUCCAAAAUGUGGUUUGUUCUGCACGGGACACAGUAACUCAUUUACCACGCACUGAGCAUAAUUAAGUUACCACCAACUGAGACCAGUUCUGAUGAACUCAUACCUUCAGGGUGGUUGAGAACUGAUUUCUGAUUCAAAAGGCUUUUUUUUUUUUUCGCUGACUUUUCUCCUGUGCACUGGCAGAAAUUCUUCUUUUAUCAGUGGGAUGUUUGCAUGGGAAGGAAGGCUGGUAGCUCUGAGGGCAUUUCCAUAUUCCGAGUGGGGUUACAAGAACUCAGGCCACUGCAGUGCUGAGUUUCCCUCACUGCUGUCUCUCACAACUGGAAAAACAGUCUCCUGUGCUAAACUAUUUCCAGUCUUGUUUCAGACCACUCACAUUGCUUGGGCAGUUUUGUCUUCCUUGGGCAGCCACAGCCAGAUGAGGAAGGUGUCUGGGAGCUGCUCUGCGCCCGGGAAGGGAAGGUCUUGGCAUCGUGCUGUGGCAAAAACCUUCGUCCAAAUUGUUUUUUUAACUGGGGAUGCCAACUUCAUGUUGCUUCCUUGUGAAUCCCUACUCCCAGAGGGAGCUGCAUUGCUGUUGUUACCACCUCUAACUUGUACAGUUAGCCCCACACAUCUUAGUGGCAGUGAGAUCCCAGCCCAAGCACUCACCAGAGCCCUGCUCGCCACUGUUUGGCAGCCCUGAUUUUGCAAACAGUCCCUCAAUGAUGGGACUUGAUGCCAGGUGCAGGACGAUGAACAGGACAGAUAGGAAGGGGGCAAUGCCUUUUGCCUCUUGAAAUUCCACUUGAAGUGUAACUUGACCUCUGCAGGCCUCGUGCAAAGCAAAAAGCAAAUGCCAUUGAACACUUAGGACAAUACUCCGAUGUUUGGGCAUGUGACAGUUUUACCCUGCUACAUUCCUUUUCUUUGUUCUCUGUUUUCCAAUUUCCACCUCUGCUUUGAAAAAUUCUUUUCUAUUUUCUCUCUCUCAGAAGAUUUGCUCUGAAAUUAUGCUUGGAGUAGCUGAUUGUAUCCUCCGUGUCAGAGAGGGUUCUUUUUUGUUUGUAGUUUAUGACUGUGUUGGGGUUUUGUUUUUUUUUUUCAGUUGAACUGCCUCUUCUUGCUAGUGUUGAAUGGUAAUAAUAAUAAUAAUAAUGGUCAGCUGUUCCCAGAUUAGUAAAUUAUGUAUAAUUUAUUUACACCCUCCCCCCUUUUUAAACUUUAUUUUAUUCUGUUCUAAUUUGGCAGUGCAGCAAAUGAAGCUGUUAGGCUAUUUAAAAUGGAUACCCUUCCCCACCUUACCUUUUUAUAUAUAUAUAAAUAUAUAUAUAUAUACAUAUGAAAACAAAUCGCUUCUUCUUCUGCUCACACCAUUUCUCUUUCUUUUAUUUUAAUUUUGGCCCCAGCCAUGUCAACUUCUGAUGUUUAUUAUGAUGGAGUGAAUUAAUGGGAGUGUUGUUUUCAAUCUUAAUUAACUUCUGCUCUCUCAUCACUCAUUUUAGUUAUUUAAUUACACCAGUCAUCUAGAGCCAAUUUUUUUGAAGCACUCUGUUUGGAUAAGAAGAAAAAAAAAUAGACAAUUGUUUUUAUAUCAUUAUUAUGUGAAAACAGAUAUUUGCUCCUUUUUAUUUUUGUUUGUUUUUUUUUUUAACUUCUAAAUUUGUUCCCUGUCUUUGUGACCAAAUUACUUCUGACUGUUGUGGGUUCACCUCACAUUUGCUGGAUGCUUGAUUUCCACCACAGUUGAGAGACUCUCUGGUUUAAUUGUGUCACUUCGGGCGACCAGGAAUACUUUGUUUUAGCUCCAGGUACGUGUCACGCUGCCUGAUGGGGUUGGAGCAAGCCUUGGGGUGGCAGGGGUCAGUGGGAAGGGGGCCCUUGGGACCAAAUGCAAGCCCUGAAUUCCCAGGAGAGGCUGCUGGUGGCAGCCUGGUGUCCGGGGGCAUCAGGGAUGGGGCAGUGCCUGGUGUCCCCAGCCUGGUGCCCCCAGCCUGGUAUCUGUGGGCACUGGGGAUGGGGCAGUGCCUGGUGUCCCUAGCCUGGUGUCCGUGGGCCCCAGGGGUGGGGCAGUGCCCUCCCCAGAACCCCCAGCUGUCCUCACUGCCCCAGCCAGGGCUGACUUUGUCCCAUGCACAUUCCCUGUGACAGGCUGUGCCCCAGCCUGCCUUUCCUUGGGGUUGCUGUAGCACACUGGCCCCCUCUUUCACAUUUGGGAUGUUGAAGCCCAUGCAGAAAUGUUAAAAAGGAAACAAAAAAGAGGCCAAAAGAUGAAAACAUAGAUUUUUAAAAAAUGGCUCUGGGGUUCCACACCAGCAAAAUGCUUAAUGCCCAUGUUAAUGUUUUCUUAGGUCCAAGGAUGAGCACCCAUAUAACCUUCAGCAGUAGAAGACCAGAUUUGAAAAUAUGGUACUGUUUGUCCCUCUUGAAUUUUCUGGGGGAAAAAAAAAAAUCUAAAAAGCAAAAUAUACAUUUAUAAAAAUUAUCUUCUUGUUUCUUUUUUUUUUUUUUUUCCUGCACUCUGUGCCCUGGAGCAUGUAGAAAAAACAGGUUGGAAGAGAUAAGGGUUUAUUCACCUUGAAGGUCAUUGAGGCCCUAAUGCCAAGGUGGCCCUGUUCCCCUCUUUUCUGGGAAGCUGGUGAGCCAGGAUGGUCCUGGGGAGCUGCCUUGGGGGGGUUGUACAGGCCAUCUCCUCCUGAAGCCACCAUGCAUCUUUGGAGUUUGAGAAGGAACAUCUCCAACAGUGGGGAAAAUGGGAAAAUAAAAGGAAAAAAACCUGAGGCACUUGCUUCUAAGCUCAAUUAAAUAACACAGAGUAUAUCCUUUUUUCCAUUUAUUCAUGCCUUAUAUUAGUAAAAUAGGAUUUUUAAGUGCAUUUAACAUCUUUAUCUAACCAUUCUGCUAUAUUAAUCAGGCCCCCAGAAAAGAACACUAGCUAUUACCAUAGCAUUUAAUUAGUUUUGUAACCAAAUCCUCUUAUUAUAAAUGCAUAUGGAAGAAAUUCUUUCUUCGAAGACAUUUUUUCAAAGAUUUGGUUACUACAGUAGACUGUCUUUAAUUAAAUCAUUCUUUAGAAAGUAAAUUGUCUUUAACCUUUUUACAGCACAUUUUCAGGGCUUUUUCUUUUUAAUCCAAAGAGAUGAGCUGUUAUUGUCCCCGAAGAAGCCUCUGACAUCACAUUUGUAACAUCAAAAAUAAUUAUACUCCAUAGAAAUGUAGGUCUUCCUGAGCAAGAAUUCAUCUGCUGUAAAGAAAGGCAGCUGUGUGGUAUCUUGGACGUUUCAGGGCACAAGGUAUGGGAUAGGAAGUUUCUUUGUCUGACCACUUCUGGAUAGAACCAUCCCUUCCAUUUCGCAAAUAACUGUGUAAUUCACUAGGUGUGGAUUCAAGUGUAUCCUCAAUUCACAGGGCAUGGGAUGUCUGUUUAGCUUGGUUUAUAUUUACAUUUUUCCACUUUAUCUUAACUUGUCAGUUUCCCAGACUGAAGAACAUGUCAAGUUUGUUUUUUCUACUGACUGAUUUCUCUACUCCCCAGUGUUUUUUGUCACUGGUUUGCUGAAACAGUAUUUAUAUAGCUCCAUUGGCUCUAAAGCUCUUACUACUUCUAACAUUUUGGAUUUUACAAGUGAAAUGAAAAUAGAAAAGAAAUAGAGACAAUCAAAUGCCUGGAGCUUAAAACAAAGUAUGUGCAACCUACCAUCUCACUUGAAAUUUAAUAAAAGAAAUAAUUAUGUAAAUAUAACAUAGAGUUAUAGAUUUAUAUUUUGUUCAUAACACAUAGUGUAAUAUAAGUUGUAUAUUUUCAUGUUUUGGUUUUAUGUUACCAUUCAUGCCACAAUAAAUGAAAAAAAACAGGAGUUGAUGUACUCUUUAAAAAAUACUAUGUGGAUUGCCACCAUCCUGGGUUUUUGGGUUUUUUGUUUCUUUUGCAUUCCCCUUUUUCAGUAUUACUGCCCUGCAAGGCACCAAUAAAACAACAAAUGUGUUCUUUACCUA